GUGUGUUUCCAUCUGAUCGCUUACCUAUUAUCCAUGCUACUCCAUCUUGUUUUGUUAUGAAUACAGAUUCUCAAGAUAAAGCUGGGAAGCAUUGGGUUGCCUGGUUCAUCGAGAACAAAUCAACAGCCGAAUUCUUCGAUUCGUAUGGGAUGCCUCCAUCUGUUUAUGGUUUUCAAAUCAGUAAUGUGAAAUGGAAUAAUGUUCCUUUCCAGAGUGUUACUUCAAAUGUCCCUAAGAUGUGUCCAGACAUACUGGAAUUGCUCCUUAAGUUCCGUCAAAAUCGAAUUGCGUUUACAGCUGACAUCGAACAAGCAUUCUUGCAGAUUUCUCUUGCUGAUGAAGACAGAAACGCAGUCAAGUUUCUAUGGAACGAUGGUGAAUUAAAUGGAACCAAAAUAAAGGCUCUUCGUAUGACAAGGGUAAUUUUUGGAGCAACAUCUAGUCCGUUUCUUCUCAGAGCAACUCUUAAUGUACACGCUGACAAAUACAAGUCACAGUAUCCGAACGUAUUUUCCAUGCUAACUGAAAAUAUGUAUGUUGACGACUUAAUCGCUGGAGCAGAUGAAGAAUCAGAAGCAUUCGAGGAAUCGGAACAUAUUAAACGCAUACUGAAAGAAGGUGGAUUUAACAUGCGGAAGUGGAAAACGAAUGAAACGAAUUUACAAAGGGUAUGGAAUGAAGAAGAUUUUUCACACGAUUCGACUUGUUCUAAAGUAUUGGGAUACAUAUGGAAUAGGUCAAAUGAUACAUUUUUGAUAGAAAUUGAAGAUUUGGUAAAAGAUGCCAAAAGGAUAGAUAACAUACCAACUAAAAGGGAAAUCUUGAGAUUUGUAGGACGUUUCUUUGAUCCACUGGGUUUGGAAAUACCAAGACAUCAGUUUGCAGGUGCUGGGAAAAGGGAUAUAAAGGAUGGUUUACAGUUACACUGUUUCACAGAUGCGAGUCAGAAGGCCUAUGGGGCUGUUCUGUAUUUUCGUUAUUCGAAAAAUGGAGUCAUUCAUACAAGUUUCAUUACAUCAAAAUCACGAGUAGCACCUUUGAAAAAAUUAUCACUUCCCAGAUUGGAAUUGAUGGGUGCUUUGAUAGGCUCCCGCUUGUCAAAAUAUAUCCAAAAGAAACUUCGGGACAUUGAUUUAAUUGUAUAUAUGUGGACUGAUUCUAGUAUUAACUAUAUGUGGACUGAUUCUAGUAUGACAUUAACUGGAUUAGAAGUGAUGUGA